AAGGUGACUGACCUGAUCGGUGUGCGGAGGCGCGCGGCGCACUCGGCGUCCGCUUGCACUUUUCCGGAGACGGGUCGUCGCGCUCGCGUCCAGAAACGAAGCCGUGCGUCGGCCCUGGAAGACGGCGGCGUGUGGCUGCCGGCGUCGACGCGCUCAGGUCUGUCGGCCGCGGAGCUGCCCGGUCAUGCUGCCGCCGCCGCCGCUGCUGCUGUGGUCGCUGCCCGCCUCGCGCGCUCUCUCUCUCCUCCCUCCCUCCUCAACCGCCCGGGAUCCAGAGGACGCGCGCGACGGCGUCAAAUUACCGCCCGACGCUGCGGCUUCAGUUAAACUGCGCUCAUUUGCACAGAAUGCCGCCGUUCCGCCCCGCAGAGCCCGUCGCGCCGCGUCUCCCCCGCGCCCUCCGGCCCGCGCCCUCCGGCCCGCGCCCUCCGGCCCGCUCUCCGCCGCCGCCCUGGUGUGUGGCCAGGUGCACAAGAGGUCGCCCCGCGUCCGUGCAGUGGAGGACCACUCAGCGGCAGCCAUGGCCGCGGCCCGGGGCCUCUGGGUGCUCGUGCUCGUGCUCGGUGCCGGCCUGCAGGCCGGCGUGGAGGCUUGUAGCUGCCACCCGGCGCACCCGCAGCAGCUGUUCUGCACCGCCGAGAUCGUGAUAAGGGCAAAGAUUUCUGGAGAGAAGAUUGUGUCGCCUAGCAACAGCUCCUCACCUUACAUGAAGAUGAUCCAAUACGAAAUAAAAAUGAUCAAGAUGUUUAAAGGUUUUGACAAAGCCAAGGACAUCCAAUACGUGUACACUCCAGUCUUCUCCUCACUGUGCGGAGUCAAGCUGGACUCCAACAACAAAGCAGGGUAUCUGCUCUCAGGAAGUAUGUGGAGCGAUGGAAGAAUUUCUAUUGGCCAGUGUGACCUGGUGGAAUCUUGGGACAACUUAUCACUGUCACAAAAGAAGAACCUAAACUACAGAUACCAGAUGGGCUGUGAAUGCAGAAUCAACACGUGUUACACAGUACCGUGUGCAUCGACAGGAGAAAACGAGUGCUUAUGGACUGACUGGCUGCUGGAUAACAGCCUUAAUGGGGAGCAGGCUCGACAGUAUGCCUGCAUCCGCCGCUCUGACACGAGCUGUAGCUGGUACAGGGGUGGACCUCCGCCCGAGAAGGACUUCCUGGAUAUGACUGACCCUUGACCUGUAAUCCUGGUAUUUAUAUUGCUCCAUUUUGCUCUGGCUUAUGUAGCUCAAAUUUGGCAUGUGAAAUAGCAGCUGUUUUAAAAGAAAUAUCUGGCCGAUUCUUACUUUUGAGGGAGCUGAGCCCACGCUGAGCUUCCGUUAGUAGAGUGCAGGUGGUUAAAGCAAAGCCAGGGAACUUUAUACGCGAAGGGGCUUUGAGUCAAUUUGUAACUCGCACAUAUUUCAAUUUGCUUUCUGUUGUCCACACAAUAAGAAGAGGAGCAAACCUUCCACUGCCAGUUAUUCUGUGCAGAGGAAAUAUUUCUUGUUUGAAUGCAUAACCUUGACAAAUACUGUCGACAUGUUGAGAAUUUACACCUUUAUAUAUGGCAGAGAGAAAAAGAUGCCACCUGAUACCUGGAGAAGGUGUUUUGGCACAAAAGAAUUAUAUAUGACCCCAGUCUUUCUUCAUCUCAAUGAAAGCAUUUUAAACUCUGAGACUGAACUGACAGAGAUUUUUGAGACUGUAAAUAUUGUAAUUCAGUGAGAAAUUAACAUUUUAAACUCUAACCGGAUCUUGUCUCACAGGCUAUAGACUCUUACCUUGUGGUUUUGUGUUUAGUUUUCUUGGUUGUACUAUUUUCUGUGCCAAAAAUCUAAUCUCGUGCUUUAACAACAGUGCUGCCACAUGUAGAAGCGAAGAGGAAACGACAUAACAGGGCAAGGUUCAAUACAGAUUUUUUUAACUGCUGAAGUCAAUUCUCUUCAAAGUUCAAACUCAAAAAAACACAACAGAACCUUUGGCACAAGACCUUAACCAACAAAAUUUAAGAUAACAAGACCUAAGAAAAGCUAUGAUUAAUGAUUAAAGUGUUGUUUUUAGCCAUUAUUAGACAUAAGGAGUCAGUGCUAACGGAAAGACACAAAUCUGAAUUGAUCCCUGUCUUGUUACUGGAUCACUUCACUGAGGUCAUACAGAUUAAAAUGCAUUGUUACUUAUUAUCAUCAUUCUAUUAUGUCAAGAUAAAGUAAAAUGUAAUGUAAUUGUGUAAGUUUAUCUGCAUAAUGCACUUCUUUCAUGACUGAUAUGAUGAGAAUGCACAGCCGCUGUAUGACGUCAGUGAAAUGCUGUUGAACUAUUUCUUGGUGUUUGUUUUAUACUGUAAGAAUUGUUGGUUGUAUUUAUGUCUCUGUUUCUGUCUAAAUAGAGUUUUCUAUUUCAUGUACCAAAAAAGAUUGUAUAUAAAAUGCCUGACUGGAAAA